AUGGUUCGAUUUUGUACAUCCGAUAAAUUAUUAAUAAACCAUGUGGAGCUAAAAUACAUAUGCGUGUGUUAUAUAUUUUUAUUAUUAAGUAUUUUUAUAUGGUGUAUAUUUAAGAAGUAUCAUGAGAAUAGAAUAAAUAAAAAACAUAAAUGGAAAGGUAUUGAUAGUAAUCAUAAGAAUGAGAAGACCGAAUUUUUUAAUUAUAUAUAUGAAUCUUAUAAUGAUAAUGAUGAUGUGAUAAUUAGACAAGAAGGAUAUAAAAAUAGUUUAUGUGGAUUUCUUCUUAAGAAUAUAUCUAUAGUAUCUUAUUUGUUAACACAUUUUAUUAUUAUAUUAUUAAUUGGAAAUGAAUAUUGUAUAAAAGAAAAUGGUGAAAUAUUAUGGAAUGAUAGAGCAUUUGUAUUUUUUAUAUUUUUAUUAUUAUGUUUUAUUAUAACAUAUGCUAUAUUAACAGUUAGAAAACACAUGCAUAGUAUUUUUUUAAAACCUUCUCUUUUAAAAGAUAGUGAUUAUGUUUUAGUUUAUACAAAAAAUGAAGACUACACAAAUUCAUAUAAAAAUAUAUUCAAAGAAAGUUAUGUUUAUGUUACAAAUGCUUUUAUAAAAUGGAAUAAAAAAAUAUAUAAAUAUUCUUACAAAAAUAUCAAGUUAUUUCAUUAUUAUCAAAUGAAGGUAAAACACUUUUUUUUUUAUUUUUUUAAUUCUACAGAUAAAAAAAAAAAAAAAAACGAUUAUAUAAAAAAUUCAUAUAAUGAUCAAGAUGAUGAUGAUGAUGAUAUUCAUAAUAAAAGUAAUAACUAUUAUUAUUCAAAUAUAUAUAAAAAUAAUUCAUAUUAUAAUAACUCUUAUCAUAAAAAAAGUAUAUCAAACCAAUAUUCUAAUAGGAGACUAAGUAAUAACUCUGUGUAUACAAAAAAUGUAUUAAGAGACCAAGACAAUAAUUUAGGUUAUUAUGAAGAGAAUCAAAAUGAAAUAAAUAAAAUGAAUGGUAUAGAUAAUGUAUAUAAUAUAGAUAGAUUAAAUGUAAUAAAUCAAGGGAAUGAUAAUAAUUAUGAUAAUGAAGAAAGAGAAAUACAUGAAAAAUAUUCUUUUAAUAAAAAUAAUGAAUAUGAUGAUCAAUAUGGUGAUCAAUAUGGUGAUCAAUAUGGUGAUCACUAUGAUGAUCAAUAUGGUGAUCACUAUGAUGAUCACUAUGAUGAUCAAUAUGAUGAUAAAUAUUAUAAUCAAUAUGAUGAUGACAAUAUUGUUUUUGGAUCUAAACGAUUUUCUUUUAAAAAAAAAGGAAAAAAAAAAAAAAAGAGUCUAUUGGUUACUAGCCAAAAUAAUACAAGAAGAUACAUAGAAAAUAAUCUUAAAGUUCAUAAAGUAAGAGUACGAAUGAACGAAAAAAAUGUUAGAUAUUUUUUUUUUAGAAGUAUGAAAUAUAUAUAUAAUGAAGAAAAAGAUUGUUUUUAUAAUAUAUCACAUAGUAUAGAAGAAAAAGUAAGAAAUCUUGAUUUUAAUUAUAUAUUAAAAAAAGGAGGUUUAAAUAAUAAUGAAAUUAUUAAUAAUAUUAAUGAAUAUGGAUAUAAUAAUAUCCAUUUAGAAUUUUAUUCUUUUUUUAAAAAUUUAAAAAGAGAAUUAUUAGAUGGAAUAUAUAUGUUUCAAUUAUUUAUUAGUUAUAAGAAUUUUUUCUGGAAAGAAAUUAUAACUUCCUUAAUAUGGUUAAUUAUAUCAUUAUUAAGUGUAAUUAAGAAGAUAUUUAAAAAUCAGAAAAAUAAAAAAGAAAUAUAUGAAAAUAUACAAGCAAAUAAUAAUACCUUUGUAACAGUUUAUAGAAAUUCGAUAGUACAACAAAUACCAUCAAAUAAUUUAACUAUAGGUGAUAUUAUAAUUAUAAAUUCUAAAAUGACUUUACCUUGUGAUUGUCUAUUAUUAACAGGAAAUGUAUUAGUAGAUGAAAGUUUAUUAACAGGUGAAUCUCGUCCUAUGAAAAAAAUAUGUAUAUCAUCGUCUAAUUCAAAUUCGUUUAAUUCUUAUCACAUGACAUCUAAUGAACAAAAAAACACACAACAUAAUAAAAAUGAUAAAUAUGAUAUAUAUCAAGACGAUGAGGAGCAUUCGAGUAUACAUAUGGAUAACAAGAAGAAAAAAAAAAAAAAAAAUAAUAAUAAUAAUAAUAAUAAAAAAAAAAAAAAGAGUCAAAUAAUUAAUGGUUCAAAUAAAUAUAUGGACAUACAAAAAAUGGAUCAUAUUGAUGAUACUAAUAGUAAUAAUAUAUAUAAUCAUGAUAAUAGUAGUAAUAAUAUAUAUAAUGAUGAUAAUAAUAAUAAUAAUAAUAAUAGUAAUAAUAUUGAUCCAUAUGAUGAAUCUUAUGAUAAUAUAUCAUUUCGUAAACAAAAUAAUGAUUAUAAAAAAUGUAGUGUUAAUAAUUUCAAUACAAAUAAUAUAUUAUAUGCUGGUACGGAUGUUAUAUCUACACUUAAUUUUAUAGAAAAUAUAUAUGCUAUAGUUAUAAAUGUAAGUAUAUAUACAUAUAAAGGUAAAUACAUGCAAAAUGUAUUAUUUCCAAAUCCAUUACUUUUUAAAUAUGAUUCUCAAUUACCAAUUGUAUUUAUAUUUACUAUUAUGUUUAGUUUUGUUUGUUUAUAUUUUCAAAUACGUUAUCUAGGUUUAAAUAUGACUUCUAUUUUUUAUACUAUCGGUACCCUUUCUCAAAUAUUACCUGUAUGGACACCUGUUGUCUUAAAUAUAGGUCUUAAUAUUUCAACGAAUAGAUUGAAAAAAGAAAAAGAUAUUUGUUGUAUUGCACCAUCUAGAAUUCCUAUAUGUGGUAAAAUCCGUGUCUUCUUUUUUGAUAAAACUGGAACCUUAACAGAUCAUAAAAUCGAAUUUUCAGGUGUUCAUUUUUGUAAUAAUAUUCUAAAUGAAAAGAAAAAAAGUAUACUCAAUUCUUUUAAUAAUAGUUAUCCUAAUAAAUUAUUAUCAGAUGAUGAUCUCAAACAAAUCAAAAAUCAAACUAAUUUAUUAAAUGUAAGUAAAACGUUGAAAAAUAUAUUUACAAAGGGUGCAAAAACUAAUCAGAAGCACAAACAACCAUCUAAGGAUAUGAAAAAAGAAAUCCAAAAUAAAGUAAAUGAAAUUGAUUCUGUCCAUUUAAAUAAUUUUGUUCUUACAAAUAAUGUACAUGCUCCUUCUCUUGAAAAUAAAGAAAACAAUAAUGACUAUAAUAAUAAGAUACAAAGUGUAGAUAAUAUAACACUUAAUGAUGAUAAUUUGAUACAUAGUAUCGAUAGCUUGAUUCCUAACCAUGAUAAUAAUAUAUAUAAUAAUCCUAAUGAGGUGCCUUAUAAUAAUCAUUACAAUAAUAGCAGCUCAUUAAAAUCGUCAAAUUGGAAUCAGUCUAUAGAAAGUCACAUAAACGUGAAUAAAAGGGAACACAUACACAUACAAAAUGAUGAUAAUAUUAAUAAUAAUAAUAAUGAUAAUAUUAAUAAUUUUAAUUAUAAUUAUAUUUAUGCUAUAGAAGAUAUACGUAUGGAUUCAAUAGAUAAUACCAAUGCCAAUGACACAAAUAAUGAUGAAAAUAAUAUGGAAAUAAUAUAUGACGAAAAACAAGAAAAUGAUGUGUUUUAUAAUUCCAAUGAAAAAGAAGAACAUCUUGAUGAAAAUAAUAUGAACGAAAUAAAAAAAAAUAUCUAUAAAGAACAUUUCGAAAAUAAUAAUACAAAUGAAGAUCAUAAUAGUGAAGAUAAAAUUAAUGUGGAUAAUUAUGAGGAACUACCUAACAAUUCUUCUAAUGAAAAUAUAAAUGAGCAAAAUGGCAACAACGACAAUAAUAAUAAUAAUAGUAAUAGUAAUAAUAAUAAUAGUAAUAGUAAUAAUAAUAGUAAUAAUAAUAAUAAUAGUAAUAGUAAUAAUAAUAAUAGUAAUAAUAAUAAUAGUAAUAAUAAUAAUAGUAAUAAUCAUAGUAAUAGUAAUAAUGCUUAUGGUGAUGAUAAAUUUAACUAUAAUUAUAAUGCUAACCAUGCCCCCCAAUAUGUAGGUAUUGAUGGUAUUCGUGAGGAAGAUUCCUUUGCCAUAGAUGAAAGAAAUAUACAAAAUGACUAUGAUGAAAAAAAUGGUGAUGAUAGUAAUGCAUAUAAUAACUCAUUUGUUAUUAGUAAUACUGAUAACAAUAAUUAUAAUAAUUACAAUAAUUUUGAGAAUAAUAAUUAUAUUCAUAAUAAUAUUGAUAAUGUAAAUUAUGAUUAUAAUAAUCACCAAUAUGAAGAUAGAAAUACACAAAACAAAUAUUUUAAUGAAUCUAAUUCUUCUAUGAAUUCUAUAACAUCAUUACUUUAUAAUAGUAAAUUAAUGUGGACUAAUAAAGUUACACUUAAUAAUACACCUUCUAAUUAUCAUUUAUUAAUAUAUGCAUUAGCAGGUUGUUCUUGUGUUUAUUAUGAUAAUAAUAAUAUUUAUGGAAAUGAAAUCGAUAAAAGAUUAUGUGAAGCUACAGAUAUGAAAAUUACAAACUAUAUUAAUGAUGAUAAUAUGAAUAUUAAAAAAAUUUCUUUAAAAAUUAAUAAUAAUACAUAUAAAGAUUUUGAUGUAUUAAAAACAUAUGAAUUUGAUUAUUAUACAAAAAUAUCUACUACUUUAACAUAUGGUAAUUUUGAUUUUAAAGAAAAAAAAUAUAUUGUCUUUUCUAAAGGUUCAUUUGAUAAAAUCUAUAUGAAAUGUAUUAAGAAUGAAGAACUUUAUUUUUUUAAAAAAAAAGAACAAGAAUAUAGUAAAAAUGGUUUUUAUGUUAUAGCUUUAGCAUUCAAAAUUAUUAGUAAUAUGAAAUAUGAACAUAUAUUAGAUUUACCUAGACAAUUAUUGGAAAAAGAUAUGAACUUCUUAUCUCUAAUCAUGUUUAAUAAUCAUAUUAAAAAAGAUGCAUCCAUGGUUAUACAAACUUUAAAAGGUUCUUCAAUUAGACCUGUUAUAUUAACAGGAGAUAAUGCAUAUAAUUGUUUAUAUGUUGGAAAUAAAAUAGGACUAUUUAAUAACGUCAAUUUUUAUGAAUCCUUCUUUUCACUUAAUAUGAAUUCAAGUGGAAAUAACAAAAAUAACAAUAAUAAUAACAAUAAUAAUGAUAACAAUCAUAAUAAUAAUAAUGAUAAUAAUAUAUAUAUUAAUCAAUUAAAUACAAACAAUCAUUUGUCAAAUAUUAAAAAUAUAAAUACUAGCUCACAUUCAAACAUGUCAAAUAUACAACAUAACCAUGAUCAAAACAAAAAUACAUUCAAAUCACCCACGUCCAAGUUUUUGUCCUUUGAAAAUUUCUUUAAAUCAGGAAAAAAUAAAAAUAAUAAAAAUAAUAAAAAUAACAAAAAUAAUAAUCAAACAGACGAUGAACAUAAUUAUGAAGAUCAUAAUGUAAUGCAUAACCAAUCGGAUUAUCAGUAUAAUCAUUUAUUAAAAGAAGGUACAGAAAAUGUAAAUAAUUUUAAAAAUAAUAAUAAUAAUACUCAGAAAAAUGAAAAACAUAUUUAUGAAAGUAUAGACACAUCUCAAAAAAUUAAUCAAACAUCCAAAUAUAUUCGUAGCAAUCCUGCUAAUAAUAUCACCUAUUCAGAAUUUAAUCCUAAAUAUGAUAUGGAUAAUGAAUAUAGUAAUGAUGAAAAUUCAGCUUUAAUACCUCAUCAUGUUAAAGAAAAAAAUAAAAGAAAUAAUAAAAAAAAAAGAAAUCAUAUUAUUAACACUCUAACUAAUGAUAAUAUUAGUGAUGCUGAAAAUAAUUCCUUAUAUUCUCAAAGUCAUAUUUUUUUCAAUGAACAGAAACUUUCCAUUUCUAUUAUAAACGAAGAAGAAGAAAAAAAAUUUGAUGAAAAUAUUAUUGUCUAUGGAUAUAUAUUAAAUGAUGAACUUAUAUUUGUUAAUGUACAUAACGAACAAAGAAUUAAUAAAAAUGUUGUAUUAUUUAAAGAUAUAUAUAAAGAAAUAAUAUUAACGGGGGAAGCCUAUACAUAUAUUAGAUACCAUGUUUUUCGAAUUAAAACACCAGAUGAAGAUUUUGAUAGUGAAGAACUUGAAGAAUAUAAAAAUUUCUUAUUAAGAGUUAGAAUAUUUUCAAGAUUAACACCAAAUAAUAAAAUAGAAGUUAUAAGAGACUUUAUAAAAUUUGAUUAUAUAUCUGGUAUGUGUGGUGAUGGUAGUAAUGAUUGUGGUGCUUUAAAAAUUUCACAUGCAGGUUUAGCAUUAUCUAAUUUAGAUACAUCUGUAGUUUCUCCAUUUAGUAGUAAAAAUGAAAAUUUAAAAAGUGUAAUAGAUAUAUUAAGAGAAGGUAGAGCUUGUUUAGUUACAUCUAUUAAUUGUUAUAAAUAUAUGCUUCUAUAUGGUUUUAUGAUUUCUUUUAUUAAAAUUCUAUUAUUUAUGAAUGCUCAUGCAGUUAUGUCAGAAUAUGGAUACUUAUUCUUUGAUAAUGUUAUUUUAUUAUUAUUAGCUAAAUCAAUGACUUUGUCAAAACCUGCAUGUAAAUUAAAAACACAAACACCAACAUCAAGUAUUAUAGGUGCUCAAACUAUAUUAUCUUUAUUAUGUACACUACUUGUUAAUUUCUUCUUUCUAUAUUCUAUCAUAUUUUAUUUCUUACCUAUUAAUAAUUUGCCUUCAUCAUAUCAAGCAAAUAGUUCAGCACCAAAAUCAUCAUGGUGGUUAAUGAGUGAUAAUUAUGAAAGCUUCCUUGCAUGUAUCUGGUUUUGUUUUCAAAUUGUUAACAGUGCAUUAAUUUUAACCUUUGGUGGAAAAUACAGGAAACCUAUCUUUACUAAUUAUACAUUUAUGACGUAUUACGUUUUAAUAAAUAGCUUUUUAUUUUAUUUAACCGUGGGAGGACCAAACAGGUUAACGUGCUUAUUUCGUAUGAAUUGUAAUGAUGAAAUUUCAAAAAUCACAAAAUUCAAAUUUCUAGAAUUAAUAUCUUAUUCAGCUAGCGGUUUAAGCUUUUAUGGACCUCACGGACAUAACAUUCUAAGUACGAGUCUUAAAAUAAAAUUUUUACUUCUUAACUUUGUAAAUAUAGCAGUCAAUAUUUUUAUUUCCAAAUAUAUCUUAUGUGAAACAUUAUAUAAUGUAGUCCGUAGAUUUUUUAAUUUUAAAAAUAGAAAGGUUCCCAUAUAA